CUUUGACUACGGACUCCUUUACUAAGAUGGCCGCAAAAGCGGCACCGCUGGUUUCCUGUUGCUUGGCAUUGUGGGAACGGUGAUGGUGACUUCCAGAGUUUGAAGACUGUCAGUUGACAAUGAUGAUAAGACGAUUAUUGUUCAGCUUGAAGCCUGCAACAUGGGAGCAGUGUCUCCAUGAGAUUCAUACUCUGAGUUGGAGAAAUACUCAUGACCUGCAGCUUCGUUCAGGCCUAUUGGUUUUACAGCAAAGCUGGUUACCUGGGGGAGUCAACAAAUUCAACCUGCCACUUAUUAGGCUUUUAGCAACUAAAAGGCAAGAUAAGUGUAAGAUUUCUCCAGUGAAACAAAAGCAAGUGAAAAAAGAAGUGGAGAUAAAGCAAAAGAUGACUGUCACUGAACUUGCAGAAGCAAUGGACAAAGAUAUAGAUCAUGUAUAUGAAGCUCUGCUCCACACAAAUAUUGACAUAGACUCCAUAGAAGAGGACUUUGUCUUAGAUGAAAAAUGGAUAAAAGAGGUCAUAAAGAAAUCUGGAAUGAAAUUUAAAUGGGCAAAACUUGCAGAAGAAAAAGUAAAGGAAAAUAAAGAUGCUGUGAGGAGGCCACCUCCAGAUCCAGCUAUGUUAGUUCCCAGAUCACCUGUGGUUACUAUAAUGGGUCAUGUUGAUCAUGGAAAAACAACAUUACUUGACAGUUUGAGGAAAACCCAGGUUGCAGCAAUGGAAGCAGGAGGUAUCACUCAACAUAUUGGAGCAUUCCUUGUGCACUUGCCAUCUGGUGAAAAGAUAACCUUUCUAGAUACCCCAGGCCAUGCUGCCUUUUCAGCGAUGAGAGCCCGUGGUGCUAAUGUGACUGACAUUGUGAUAUUAGUGGUUGCUGCAGAUGAUGGAGUAAUGAAGCAAACCAUAGAAUCAAUUCAACAUGCUAAAAAUGCUAAUGUUCCAAUAAUUCUGGCAGUAAAUAAGUGUGACAAACCAGAGUCAAAUCAUGAAAAAGUAAAGAAGGAAUUGUUGGCUUAUGAUGUGAUUUGUGAAGAAUAUGGUGGUGAUGUUCAGUCCAUAAAUAUAUCAGCCCUUAAGGGAGACAAUUUGAUCGCUUUAGCUGAGGCCACUGUCGCUCUGUCGGAAAUGUUGGAGUUGAAAGCAGAUUGUACAGGACCUGUUGAGGGUAUUGUUAUUGAAUGUCGAAAUGAUAAAGGAAAAGGACCAGUCACCACAGCUAUUAUCCAACGUGGAUCAUUGACAAAAGGUUGUAUCCUGGUAGCAGGGAAGAGUUGGGCCAAGGUACGACUAAUGUUUGAUGAGAAUAACAAGCCAAUGAAAGCUGCUGGACCAAGUACCCCAGUGGAGAUAAUUGGCUGGAAGGAACUUCCAUCUGCUGGAGAUGAAAUUCUUGAAGUGGAAUCAGAGCAAAGGGCCAGAGAGGUUUUGGAUUGGAGGAAGUAUGUUGAGACACAAGAAAAACAUAAACAAGACCUUAAAGUGAUUGAAGCAAAACAGAAGGAACACCAGGAAAUGUACAAAAAGGAACGGGAGAGCUUUAGUAGCAUGAGCUGGAGACAGAGAAAAUCAGCUAUGUAUAAGGCCAAUAAACAUCUAAUGUCAACAAGGCCUAAAGAAAGGACUGAGACUGAUGAACUUUCACUUCCAAUAAUAAUAAAAGGUGAUGUUGAUGGCUCUGUAGAGGCCAUUCUAAACAUUCUGGAUAGUUAUGAUGCUGAUGAACAGUGUAAACUCAAAGUGAUUCACUUUGGUAUAGGAGAUAUCAGUGAAAAUGAUAUUGUUUCAGCAGAGAUUUUUUCAGGUCUUGUGUUUGGUUUCAACGUAAAUGCAAGCAAAGAAGUACAACAGAUGGCUACCAAGAGAGGAAUAAAAAUCAAAUUGCAUAAGGUUAUCUACAAACUUAUUGAUGACCUCAAGGAUGAACUGAGUGAUAAGUUGCCACCAGAUGUUGAAGAAAAUAUAAUAGGAGAAGCAUCUGUGUUGGCAUGCUUCCAUGUAACAAUAGGUAAAGCAAAGGUUCCUGUAGCAGGGUGCAGAGUCCAGAAGGGUCAGUUGCACAGAAAGAUGAAGUUUAAGCUCACCCGUGACGGAAAUAUUUUGUGGAAAGGUUUUCUCGCCUCUCUCAAACAUCUGAAAGAUGAUGUCCCAGUUGUGAAGACGGGGAUGGAAUGUGGCCUCAGCUUGGAUAAAGACAUUGAAUUUAAGCUUGGUGAUGAAAUUAUUUGUUAUGAAGAAAAACUAAUUCAGCAAAAAAUAUCUUGGGAUCCAGGAUUUUAAACUUGAUUACUACAAGAACCUAAGAAUUUUUAAAAUUACUUAAAUUGCACUGUUAAUAUAAAAUCCAGUGAAAUGACCAAAUGGAAGAUUUAAUAAUGAUGUGUUCAGCAUUUCAUGGGCAACUACUUUGAAGGAUGGUGAAUGGUAUUCAGUGGAUCCAUGCAAGCACCAUUUUGAAUGUAACAAGAUCCUUGAAAUAACUUUCUGGUAAGAAUAUUGCAAAGUCUGGCUUUGGCCUGGGUGGUUUUAAAACCACAAUUUGAAAUGCUGUUGUUUUAAUGUUGUGUGCAUUUUUGCUCCCCUAGUACCAGGUUAAACAUUGAUUACUGAUGAAACAUAAUUAAAACAGCCUAAAUGUAGAUCUAGAUGCUGAUGAUAUAUCUGGUUAUGCACAUGGUGUAAUGGUCUUUUACAUUGUGCUUUUACAUUGAAGGAGUGUUGUUGGCCAUAGGCAGCAUUCAACAUAGAGGAUCUGGCUCAUAAAAUCCAAAUGAUAUUGAAGAACAAGAUUUUCAUAAGACUCAACUGCAACUGAAUCUCCACUUCUAACUAAAAAUAUGCAAAAUAAAAAAAGUAGUACUUGCAUAGCAGUUGCAGAUCUUGCUUUGAAUUUAAAAAUUAGCUAUAGAAAACAAAGAUUCAAACCAAGCUGGCUGUAAUCAUAGUUAAAAGAUACUCAUAUCCUUCCAUUAGGUUUCAAUACUGAAUAAUAGUUUUAGAUAUCUUAUGGAAAGAACCUUAUAACUGCAAAAUUGUUUUCUCCACUUUGUGCCUUUGAGUUGGUCUGAAAAUUAGAUGCAAGUUGCAGUGGACUUUUGGGUGUUUGAGCACAAUAUGGUGGUGAAAGACACAAUUAGAUUUCUGUUCUGGCGCUAAACUAUUUAGCAUUGAUAUGGGUAUAACAAUUCAUUAAGAUUAUUGACAAAAUAUUGAAAGUGAUGGAGACAUAAUCACACUUUUGCACUGGAGUACUGAGAUUGUACUAAGUCCAAAACUAGAGGCUAUAGAUUUAAGGUGAGAGGGGAAAGUUUUAAGAGGGACUUGAGGAACAACUUUUUCACACAGAGGCUGGUGCGGGUAUGGAAUGUGUUGCCAGAGGAAGUGGUAAAGACUGGUACAGUUACAACAUUUAAAAGGCAUUUGGAUGGGUUCAUGAAUAGGAAAGAUUUAAAAGGAUAUGGGCCAAAUGCUGGCAAAUAGGACUAGUUUAAUAUAGAAUAUCUUGUCGGCAUAGUCGAUUUGGACCAAAGGGUCUGUUUUUGUAUGUCUGUGCCAUCCAACAAACACCAAACCACACUAAUCCCAUUUACCAUUGGUCCAUAGUCUACUAUGCCAUGGGAUUCUAAGUACACAUCCAGAACUUUCUUAAAGGCCGCGAGAAUACCUGCCUCCACCACGCUCUCAGGCAGCAUGUUUCAUAUAUUUACCACCUCUGGAUGUAAAGUUUUUUUUUCUCUCAAGAUUUCCUCUAAACCACUUGCUCUUCACCAAACUUAAGCCCAUCUGGUCUUAGGUAUGUCUGCCAUGGGAAAGAUUCUCACUAUCUAUUCUGUCUGUGUCUCUCGUAAUUUUGUAUAUGUCAGUCACGUUCCCCCUCAGCAUCCUUUGCUCCAAGGAAAACAAACACAGCCUAUUGAGUCUCUCCUCAUAACUGAGACUUUUCAUCUCAGGCAACAUCCUGGUGAAUCUCCUCUGCCCCCUCUCCAGUGCAAUCAUGUUCUUCUGAUAGUGCAGUGACCGGAACUGUACAUAGUAUUCCAUUUGUGGAAUGCUUUACAAAGUUGUAAUAAGACAUUUUUGGUCCUAUAUUCUUCACCCUUGCUAGUGAAGGCAAGCAUCCCAUAUGCUUUCUUCUUCUUCACCAUGUCUACUGUACUUUAAGGGAUCUAUGGACCUGUACGCCAAGGUCCCUUAUUCCUCAGAACUCCCUAGAAACCUAUCAUAUUAUGAAUAUCCUUUCCUUAUCAGAGCUCCCGAAAUGCAUCACCUCACACUUAUUGGGAUUAAAUUCCAUCUGCUGUUGUUCUAUCCGAUUUACCAGCUGAUCAAUUUCAGACUGUAGCCUGAGACCAUCCUCUUCACUAUCAAUAACACUCUCUAUCUUUAUGUCAUCUGUAGGCUUACUAAUUAAAUCUUCUAAAUUCACACCCAAGUUGUUAAUGUACACAACAAACAAACAAGGAUCCGAGCAGUGAUCCCUAUGGACACCACUGGUCACAGACUUCCAAUUACAAAAGCAACGCUCCACCAUCACCCUUUGCCUUCUGUGUGCAAGCCAGUUUUGGAUCUAGCUUGACCUUUUAAUGUGGGGAAAACCUGAAUCACAUUUUCUUUUCAUUGGUAUUAUAAUAUAUUUAUAAUAUAUUUGAAAUCAUUGGCUUCUUUGACUGUUACUGUAUUAAAAUGCUGUAAGAGGUACAUCUGUCUUGGAUCAGAUUGAUGCAAGCAUUGCUACUUUAUUAAAAAGCUUUUCAAAACAACCAUUUACAGUCAAAAUUGCAGCAAAUAUACAAUUUAGCUCUGACAGCAGUGGUAUUUUCAAUGGAUUUUAGGAACUGCAGCUCAUUCAAUAUCUGAUGGAGAAUGGUGCCAAGUAGAAAUAUUAAUAUGGAAGUAUGAAGCUGGAAGAAUGGCAUAAUAAUGCUCUUCAGAAACCAGCGCUCAUUUUAAAAUCAUCAGCACUAAUGAAGUCACUUAGUAUCAUUCCUUAACUGCUUUUACAUGCAGCAUUGUGACUUUAAAAUUUAAACAUCUGAAAUUACUUAAUUAUAAUACCUAAAAUAUCAACAUAACUUGAAACUGUUUUCAAAGUGUGCGAGUUUUAAUGGUUCACGAAUGUACCGUUGAGUCAGUUGGUUAUAAUUAUAACAUAUGCAAUGUAGACUGACCCCCAUUUCUGUUUCCUUUCCAGUUGGCAUCCUUUGCACAAUUCCUCUCUUCAUAUCAUUGUGCAGUGCUUCUAAAACUUCUACCUGGUAUGAGCCCAUUUUAAUGACUCAGACUUUGUGUGAAGAUUUUGGGGGCUAUGAGAGCUUUUGAGUGGGAUCAGGGAUUUUACACAGAAGCUUCCAGAGUUAUUGUUGUUUCAAGUGCUCAACAACAAAAAACUUAACAUAUAGUACAAGCCACACUAUAAAUUGGACUCCUACAUAAUUAUUUAUAAUUCUGUUUAUAACUUUAUAAUUCUCAGCUACAUAAAAUCUUGAAAUUCCACUUCUACAUCUACAGGACAUUUGAUAUAAAUGACUGUAGAUUACACACACAAUCAGAUUUUAUGAUAGUCAACCAUAGGGUUUUGGAAUACACAACAGAAAAUAUUAGUGUGAUAUAAUUGUAGAAGUUUUUCCAUCCCCUGAAAAUAUUACGACUCAUUUACUUUUGGUAAAAGUAUAUACUUAUUAAAAAAACUGCUUAUGCACAUCUCAAAUUUAGCUGAUUUGGACAAGCUUUGGCUGCUGAGAUGAAAGAAGAAAUGGCACAUUUGUUGCAUCUAUCUCAAUAUUUAGGAUAUGGAUUUCAUUUGCCAGUAAGUUGAGGAAGUUAAUGGGGAAAAAAUCUACAAGAAAAUACUAGCACCUGGUUCUCAAAGGUUUUUUUGUGGCAGUGAUCAGAGAGUCUUUCACUACUCGUGGCCAACAAUAGAAAAAUAAAUGAUUUACAGGGGGGGGCCUUUGCUAUCAGGUCAAGAUCCUGUGGCAACCACUGCAGCCUCUGAACUCACAAACCAAACCCCAUUUUUGUGUGGGGGAUAUGGCCCACAAUUUGGGAAGUCCUGUCAUUGUAGACAUUGUUUCACUAAUACUUUAUAUAUGUGACACAGUUUUUAUUUUUUCUGUUUUCAGAUUUAGUGAUCAUGAGUCGUAGAACACUGGUUUAAAAUAAAAGCAAUUUCUGUGCAUUUUGUAUUGCAAUUAGUGUUUAGGGAAAAAUACUCUGUAGGAAUCUCAAAGAAAUUACUGCACUUUUUCUUCAUUGUGGUUUUUAAACUUGUAUUCAGCUGGAUCUGUCUGCCAAUAAUUGUUAUAAGCUAUCAUAUCCCAUUAGCGAUGAAUAUGGCUAAAGGUAACAAUUUCCUUUCCUUUUACCUUUACGGCGCUCAUUUUAAAAAAAAAUGUCAAUGUCAAGAGUUUGGUAAAUGUGUGUCAGGGUCCUGUUCUAAAAUCCAUACUUGGAUGUCAGUCAAGAGCAAUGCCUGUGACUGGAGCUUCUAACAACCUAUAAUUAUAAUCAGAAAUAUACAAAAGUGUUCUGCCAUGUAUGCUAGUAUCUUCUUUGCAUUUUUCAUGACAUGUCCCUAUACUUCUAAAUAUUUUAAAACCUCUCCAGAAGUCCAAAGAUUUGCAGAUUAGGUGGAUUGGCCAUGCUAAGUUGCCCCGUAGUGUUUAGGGACAUGCAGAUUAGGUGGGGAUACAACGAUAGGGUGGAGUUUGGGUGGAAUGCUCUUCAGACGAUCAGUGCAGACUUGAUGGGCAAAUGGCCUCCUUCUGCACUGUAGGAAUUCUAUAAUAUUCAAUGAUAUUCAGUUGCAGUUGAAUAGCCUUCUGAUACUGUCAGGGUUGACAUAAAUGACACUUAUGAAAAAAUGGAAUACCUUUGUGCACGUGUAACAAAUAUAUGCCUUCAAUGGAGUGGGAUACUUUCUGAAAUAGUAAUUGUAAAAAUGAAUCCAAUUCUGUCAUUUAACAUAUUACUUUUAAAAUGUGAAUAUAAUUUCAACAUUUCACCAAAGGCAAAUCCGUUCAUGAUUGAUUAGGGAGCUCGCUAGGAGAGUUUAAACAAUAGUUUAAAAUUUCAUCAAUAAAAGCAACUUGUUUUUCAGCAGUAAUAUUUUGUUUUCUUUCAGAAACAAAAAUUAUAAUGUAAAAUAUAUUUAGUAUCACUUAAACCUUUUGACUAUCUUGACAAGGUAAAUCUCCCCUAAUAUGCCUUCAGAUUAGCUUUCGUACAAUAUCACAGAAUCCCUACAGUGCAGCAAGAGGCCAUUUGACCCAUCAAGUCCACAACA